UCUCUCCAAAAAUAAUUAACUUUUGUUUACAUCAAUCUGGUCUGCCGCAAAAGUUAAAUUAUUAAACAAUGGCCGAUGCGUGGGACAUAAAAACGCUCAAGACGAAGCGGAACACACUCCGCGAGAAGCUGGAGAAGCGGAAAAAGGAGCGCAUCGAGAUACUGUCCGAUAUACAGGAGGAUCAAACGAAUCCCAAAAAAGAACUCGUUGAGGCUGACCUGGAGGUGCAGAAGGAGGUGCUGCAGGCAUUGAGUGCCUGCUCCUUGGCCCUGCCCAUCGUUUCGACGCAGGUGAUGGAAAAGAUUGCCGCUGCCGGCAGCAGCCUCGAAAUGGUCAACUUUAUUUUGGGGAAACUGGCCAACCAGGGUGCCAUUUCGAUUCGAAAUGUGACCAUUGGCACGGAGGCGGGCUGUGAAAUCAUUUCGGUGCAGCCCAAGGAGCUAAAGGAGAUUCUGGAGGACAUCAACGACACUUGUCUGCAGAAGGAGGAGGAGGCAAAGAGAAAGUUGGCAGAGCUUGUGGAAGCCGAAGAGGAUGUCCAACCGCUGGAAAAAACAAUGAAGAUGGAUUGUUCCUCCCGCAAGGAUGCCCCCAAUGACAUAAUGAUGUUGCUGUCGAUGCCCUCCACCCGCGAGAAGCAGAGCAAACAGGUGGGGGAGGAGAUUCUAGAGCUGCUGACCAAACCCACCGCCAAAGAGCGCUCCGUGGCAGAGAAGUUCAAGUCGCAUGGCGGGGCACAGGUCAUGGAGUUUUGCUCCCACGGCACCAAGGUGGAGUGCCUCAAGGCGCAGCAGGCCACCGCAGAGAUGGCGGCCAAGAAGAAACAGGAGCGCCUGGACGAGCAGGCACUGAGAGGAGAGGAUGCGGGAAAUGGCGGCGGCAGCAGCAGCAGCAAAAAGCCACCAAAGGCCGGGACUCCACUGGAAACCACAUCGGAAGAUGGCGAAGUCAUAUCCGAAACGCUGACCAAUUGCGAGGGCGAGUCCCAAGAGUCCACCGAUGGCAGCGAUGCCUCCGGCGAGACGCGCGACAAGUGCACCAAGCUCCACUUCAAGAAGAUCAUUCAGGCGCACACGGACGAGUCCCUGGGGGACUGCAGCUUCCUGAACACCUGCUUCCACAUGGCCACCUGCAAGUAUGUGCACUACGAGGUGGACACGCUGCCGCACAUCAACACGAACAAGCCCACCGACGUGAAGACGAAGCUCAGCCUGAAGCGCAGCAUCGACCCCAGCUGCACCCUGUACCCGCCCCAGUGGAUUCAAUGCGAUUUGCGGUUCCUCGACAUGACCGUGCUGGGGAAGUUUGCGGUGGUAAUGGCCGAUCCGCCCUGGGACAUACAUAUGGAGCUGCCAUAUGGCACCAUGUCCGACGACGAGAUGCGUGCCUUGGGUGUGCCCGCGCUCCAGGACGAUGGCCUUAUAUUUCUCUGGGUAACUGGGCGUGCCAUGGAGCUGGGACGGGACUGCCUCAAGCUCUGGGGCUACGAGCGGGUGGACGAACUCAUUUGGGUGAAGACGAACCAGCUGCAGCGCAUCAUACGCACUGGACGCACCGGCCACUGGCUGAAUCACGGCAAGGAGCACUGCCUGGUGGGCAUGAAGGGCAAUCCAACUAAUCUGAAUCGCGGCCUCGACUGCGAUGUGAUCGUGGCGGAAGUGCGCGCCACCUCCCACAAGCCGGACGAGAUCUAUGGCAUCAUCGAGCGCCUCAGUCCGGGCACUCGCAAAAUCGAACUCUUUGGCCGCCCGCACAACAUUCAACCGAAUUGGAUAACGCUGGGCAAUCAAUUGGAUGGCAUACGCCUCGUCGAUCCCGAGCUGAUAACACAAUUCCAGAAGCGCUAUCCCGAUGGCAAUUGCAUGUCUCCAGCGGCGGCAGCCAAUGCAGCUGCCAGCAUUAAUGGCAUUCAAAAUUAAAUUUAAAGACUGGGAUAAACUUACAUUAAGAUAAAGAAACCCUAAGGCAGGAAGCUAAACUUGGACGAGGAUGAGCUAAUAAAGGUAGAUUUAAAUCUCUAAUUUGUGCAUGUUUAUUGAUGCCAAUUCCCGCGUGCGCGUACCAAAACGAUCAUUGAAAUGGAAUUCCUGUUCCUGUUCUGCUGCAAGAUCUUGAUAUUUGUAUAGUCUUUACUUUGCAUACAUUUAUUGCUCGUUUUCUUUGCGCGUAUAUACAAUAGUGCGAUAAAUAUCUAUAUAUAUAUAUUUAUAUAUAAUAGAACCAAUAAAGAACUAAUUGUUAAGACUAAUAAUUAUCUGCACAUACGCUGCACAGUAUGUGUGUGUGUUGAACUUAUAAGACUUAAAUCAGUAGAGCUGUAGAGAGUAGUACAUGGGUUUAAGUUACUGUUUUUAUAGUUAUAAAGAAAUGCUGGCCUUAAGUGUUUGCUGCUGGGAAACUCUGCGCUGGAGAUGUCUUCUGGUUCUGCUCUAGAGGAGGCGUC